UUCGUAAAGGUGAAUUAAGUAAUUAGACAGUCACGUAAACACGCGAUUUUCUAUUCAAAUCGUCGUUCGAUUCUCACCGCCUGGUUCAUCUCUCUCGAGUUAUCUUCGAUUGGGGAUUUUCUUGAAGAUCGAAGCUUUGUGAUCGGAAAUGACUACCGCUGCUCGGCCGACUUGGGCUCCCGCCAAGGGUGGCAACGAGCAAGGUGGUGCUCGGAUCUUCGGUCCCUCUCAGAAAUAUUCCUCCAGAGAUGUCGCCGCUCAUACCACUCUCAAACCAAGGAGGGAAGGACAGCACACUCAAGAGGAGUUGCAAAAGAAGAAUCUUCGUGAUGAGCUUGAGGAGCGUGAGAGGAGACAUUUCUCGUCCAAAGACAAGUCUUACAGUGAUGAUAGAGAUCGCAGAAGGGGAAAUCAGCUUCUUCUGGAAGGUUCUAAAAGGGAUCCUGAAGACCGGAUUGUUCCUCGUAGUGCAGAUGCCGAUGAUUCCGACAUUGAGAUCAGAAGUGAAAAUGACAGUGAUGAAGAAAGUGACGAUGAUGAUGAGGACGACACUGAAGCUCUUUUGGCUGAACUUGAGCAAAUAAAGAAAGAAAGAGCAGAGGAGAAGCUUAGGAAGGAAAACCAGCAGCAGGAGGAAGAGCUAAAAGCCAAGGAAGAAGCACUUCUUAAAGGGAAUCCACUACUUAACCAUCCAACCUCAUUCAAUGUCAAAAGGAGGUGGGAUGAUGAUGUUGUGUUCAAGAAUCAGGCACGCGGAGAAACAAAAGCAGCUAAGCGCUUCAUCAAUGACACGAUCAGGAAUGACUUCCACCGAAAAUUCCUGCAGAAAUACAUGAAGUGAUUGGACAGAGUUGUUAUUGCUUUUUGUACGAUGAACUGAUGCUUUAUAUUCUGUCUUGGGUUUUGACGUCUUUGUACUAUAACAAUGAGAAUUCUAUGAUGGCUCAUAUGAUAUAUCAAACCCAUACACUUAAACUUGAAUGCUUCGUGCCUGCCUGCCAUUUAACACUUUUGGCAUUUCAAAACUGGCGAGAGAGACUGACUGAGGAAUCUAAUGCCAGAGUUGCUGUAUAAGGUUGCAUAUAUUUUUCAGCUCACGUCUUAUUAUCAGAGAGGACUGAUAAUUGAUUCUCUUUCGAAGUAGGCACAGAGGCGGUAGCCACAAGACUUUCGAAGUGGCAAGCAGAACCCAUAGUUCUUACAAGCCACCAGGCAAGUUGAUUGUAUCGAAGGAAGAUGAGCUCUGCUGUUUCCUGCAGCUGACUUUGCUCCCACAUUCAUAAAGCUGGUCGCCUGAGUACCAGACUUUUAGCAGCAGCCGAAAGCCGUAGUGCAUGAAGGACAACUACUUCAACCAUUGCAUGAACUUUGUCAAUGUGGCUUACCCUAUGAUAUCAUUACCAUGUAAAGUUGUAUCUCAUGGUUCCAGCAUUAUACAUGAAGCAUGCCGGAUCUUCUCAAAGGGGAAAACAUGUACUGCUCCAAAGAUGGAUGAAGACGUCCAGAAGAUGCAGAUGUAGAACAUCAAGCCAACCUGCAGGGUGUGUGCUUCUGCGUUGUCUUUGGUUGGCACCAUAGCAGACCCAACAUAAGAGCAAUUCUGAGGGCUUGAACAAAUCUUAGCUUAUCAAAGUAGUCCCUACAAACAUCGCUCUCGGAAGGUUCUUCUGAAAAUGGUCAAGAACUGAUCAUCCCACCAUGAAAGUGUCCAGUCCUUUCACUUGGAUUGCCAGCUGAAGAUGUUCUGGUGCCUUCCUGUUUCUGUGGUUUUCUUCCUUCUCUUUCAGCUCCAAUUCUGUGAUCCCACCAUGUUACUGUAGCUUGCCUGUUCCUCACCUUGUACUCCACAUCUUCAUACUGCAUAACGGUUUUUGGAUGGGUUCCGGGUGAAGGGUUGUGUUAUUAUAUAACAAGCCAAGGAAUAAGGGUGUGUGUGAAGAUAGAUAGAUAUGCAUUGGGAGAGCUCAGUGGAUGGUAAACCUGAAUCUUUCUUGCUU